CCCCAGAUUUGCGUCUGUUUACCAUAUUAUGUAAGAUUUCUUCUUUGUCUCCUUUAAUUUCUAUUUCCUUUGUGAACGUUGAGGAUGGCUGGUAUGAUUGUACUUAUUGUUACAAUGUUGGUUAUUCCACAUGUGUCAUCUAGAUGCGAGUUUGGCCGUCCUUUACCAUAUGUCUUUUGUGGGCGUGGUCCUUCCAGACAAAACUGUCCUUCCGGAUAUACUUGUAACAUCGAUUCAGCGGACAAAUUCGGAGUUUGCUGUCGUGAAAAGGUCAUGCCAGAAUGUGAGGUUGGCCAUCCUUUACCUAACGUCUUUUGUGGGCGUGAUUCCUCAAGUGAAAACUGUCCCCAGGGGUAUUAUUGUAAUAUCGAUCCAACAGACAGAUUUGCAGUCUGUUGUCGUUAUAAGGACGACGAUGAUACCAAUGACAACACACUCAAGAAACCAUGAAUUAUUUCUUGGUCGUAGUAGAAGUAAAUUUAAGACUUGAGGGAAAGUUAUUAUUCAAAGAAAACUUCAAUGAAAACGUACGUGCCUGUACAUAGAUCUUUUGCACACGGGAAUGUUAUGCUUGGUCAAAGGUCAUUGUGGAAUUCAUAUCCAUUUCUUCAUCAUUGUGAACCAACGACGAUUGAGCAACAACAUCUAACACAUUUGGUUAAGCAUAUAAGUUGAUAAAAUUAUGGCAGUCUUAAAAGAUACAGAUUAAAGUUACCACCAAGA